UCGCCGGUUGCCGCUGCCCCGCUGCCUGGGCGGACGCGCGGCUGGGUCGCGCCGCUGUGUCCAUGGAGACGGGUGGAUACAAAGCGGGGCAGAGCGGCGACCGCUGCAGCGCCGGGUCCCGGCCGAUGUACGUUUGCAUCGGGCCUGCUCCGUCUCACUUCGUCGUCGUACAGCGCCGCUUUGUGCUUUGACCCGAAGAAACGCUUGCUCGAGCGUGUGACUGACCGAGUACUACGAACAUACGCAAAAGUAGGGGAGAGUUUCGUUGCGCUGAAUUUGUGAAGUUAUCAACAAAGAAAGGAAAAAACAAGAGAAAGAUUAUGAUCCAUUUAAAGUCAUCCGAGGGCCCUCAACCAUUAAAUUCUAAAAAUGUGAACAAGAAUGCAAGGGCGGGAAAAUCAACGCUUUUAAAUUCUGAGACCAUCUUAAAAACAGAUUCUCCUCGCACCUGUAAUUUGAAGUCUCUUCGAGCAAAGCGUCUGGCUUACUUUGUAAACCAUAAACAUAACUGCACAAAUUCAUCUACAGCCGAUGCCAAUUUGGGAUUUGAUGACCAACAAGUCACCAUUGAUCACACAAAUAGUGGCCAACAGAGUGAAAAUGUACUUAAAGCUGAGCAAAAUAUUUAUUUGCCAGAAAAAGAGCUUGAUAUCAAUGAGCUAGUUCAACGUACAAAAAUUCAGGAUGCACAGAAGUUCCAUGAUACAAAUUUAAAACCACCACUGAGAAUUUCGAAGAGUGAUGACAAAGCUACUUCCAUGCCAAAACCAGAUUAUCAUUUUCUGGAGAAUCCCACCGUAUCAGAAAUUCAGAAGCUAAGGCAUAUUCUAUGCUGGGCCCAGAAAAUCCUGAAAAAGGGUAAGGAAGUUUCAAAUACCCAAAUAUAUCAAAAUACUCUGACAGUAAAUGAAACAGAAUUGGCUGAGAACCACUUGAAUCCUGACAUAUCACAACCAACUACUUUUAAUUGGUCUUCAAGUACCAAGAGAAGUAUCCACAGUGGUGCUGCAAGCAGCAGAUUUGAUCAUACCAAUUACUCGUCAGAUAUUGCUGCCGAUAGCUGCAGUUACCUUGAUUUCUUAAGGCCAAGUAGUAGCGUGGAUCAGACAUCUUCCUUCACUACCACCCUGACUGAUGUGCAGGAACAAUGUACAUCGACAAAUACUGGCUAUUCAAGCAAACAUUAUUUUGAUUCUAAUAAUAUUUUGGAUAGAAAAUAUAGUGAGCAAGUAAACGCAUAUGAUAUUACAAAUGAAAAUUGCCAUUCUAUGACUAGUGAUGUGAGUGGGCUUAAAAGCGAUAAUUAUUUUUGGAUUCCCCUGGAGGAUGAGUCAGAUGAUAAAUAUGUCACUGAAAACAGACCAAAGAAAGUAUCUGUGGAACCUUUUGUAAAAAGCAAUAUUGAUCCACUGUUGUGCAAUAGUUACAAUCAUUACCAUCAAAAUAAUAGCGAAUCAAUCUCAUCAACCCGAACAAUUAUACAUAGAAAAUCUCCAAUAACAUAUUACAGUUCAGAAGUUUUGGCAAGCCCUGAUAAUCAGCAUGACUGUGCACCACACUACAUCAGUAGUAAGAAUGGUAACAAUAAUAAUAAUAAUUGGGAGCCAACUUUAUCAGCCAGAACGGUUAUACUUAGAAAAGCUCCUGUAACACAUUGUUACAGCUCAGCAGAUAUAUUGGCAAAUCCAGUUAAUCUGCAUAAUGCUGCACAACAUUCCAAAUCAAUUGUUUAUGAUAAAGAAAGACAUAAUUAUGCGUGGGAGGCCGAAAGAGUAGAACAAUACUCAGGAGGUUACCAAAAGCUUUCACUGGAAGAUUCAAAUAUUGCUGACAUACCAGGAGAUUCACUAAACCUGGCAGAUGCUGGUUUUAAUUUAAAAUCAUCAAUUACUUUAUCGGCUAUUCCAACCCCUUGUAAAGGAAUGGCUGAAAGUUCAAAUAUAGCAACAACAAUAAAUGCCAAAGAGAAUGGAACUAAGCUAGUCAGAGCUUCCCAAGAAAAUUCAAAUAGUGGCCAGUUACCUGAAAAAUGUAGGAACUUGUGCAUUAUCAAUUCAGAUGAAACUUCACUUGCAUAUUCAUCAAUAUCUCAAAAAUAUUGUGGUGAUAUAAUAUUGGACAAAAGAGGGAGUGAAAAUUUGCCAACUUUGGAAAGUUAUCUAUCAAAGAAAGAAACAAAUUGUAUAAAUGAAGAAAACAAAUUGAGACACCAAAUAGCUGGGACUAGGGCACAAAGUAGUUUUAAAUUAUCUUCAGUGCUUUUGCCACCAUUGUAUGAAUUCAACGAUUCAAUAAAGCCCAGCCUGUAUUUAGAAAAAGAGGAGCCUACAGAAAGUGAGAGAGAACAAAUCACAGAAGAAAGUUGUGGGUCUUUCCUCACUGCAAAUAAUCUGGUCAAAAUUUGCCCUGAGUGCAAAAGUGGUAAUAGUUCAACUGUUAACUGGUGCACAGAAUGUGGAUGUGUUCUGAUUGGGAUUCCACCACUGUUUGCCAGCAAUGUUGAUGGAAGAGCAUUCACAAAUCCCAGGGAUACUCCAAAUAAAGAGGAAAUCGACAUGUUGGUAGCAUUGGCAACAGAAAGAUUAAAAGAAAGCACUGGAAUUGUUGAGCCUGAGAUUUAUGAUUUUAAAGAUUCAGAAGAUAGCACAUGUUUCUCUUCAGAGCUGUGUGAACCUCAGCUUAGUGUAUAUGAGAGAUAUCUUUUGUACAUGGAAAACUUGGAAAAACUACGAGGCCCACAUCAAACAAACCAACAGCAGCAGACAGAUAUCCUUCCAGUAAAGGGAAACACAAAGCAGACAGAAACAAUGGAUGAAGACAACAGCUCCUAUGGAAAGCAUGAACUUGAAAAUAGUAUUACCACCUCAUUCAGGGUGUCGACAGAUUUCCCCGAUCAAACCUAUAGGAAAUAUGCUGUCUAUGAGCAAGAUUCUGAAGACAACUCAAUUCCCGCGUUAGACAUAGGAACGAUAUCUUCGGGAGAAAAUGUACCAGGAUUUUCAGUACUGCAUUGUGGUUUUCAGAAGAAAAAAUACUUGCAACAAAAGAACAAUUAUGAAACAUCGAAGAACAUUUCACACGGAGUUGUUUUGAAGCAAAAUCGUGGAAAUCAGGAUUUAACUUCUUUGGAAUAUGAGAACAAUAAAGAAACUUUCAAAGAUGCAGAGAAAAGGCCCAAGAGGAGAAAAAAUAUCCAGGCAAGCAUUAAUCGAUAUCAAAGAUGUUGGGAGAGGUCUAGUAUUGCAUGGUCAUCCUAUACCCAUGGAGGUACAAAGACCAGGUCAACACAAAUAAAUCACUCAGGACCAAUUGGAGACUGUCAGGGAAAGAAAGGAAAACCACUGCCACAUGACGGUCCUUCAGCUGUGCCAAUGAUGAACAGUAAGGGGCCGGGAAAGCAACACAUCAAAAGGCCCUUAAGUGCUAAUAUUCUGGACAAUAAACAAGCACCACAAGAAGCACGAAAAUCUAAAAUAUUCUUUCAAAAUGCAACAGUGGCUGGAAGGCCAACGACAAAACCUCGUAAGUUUAAACAAUAA